GCUUCUCAGGCGCCCGGCUUGUGCGCGUGCGCGCUCUUCUUUGUUCGCUCUUGCGUGACUUCUCGACUCUUUUAGAUUGAGAGCUUCAGGCUGGCGGGCGGCCGGCUGGAGUUCAGACUGCAGCGGAGGAGGAGCGGUGGUGCGCGUCGAGCUGGAGAGCCCGGAAUACAAGAGGAAUCUGCUUCUUGGGAGCUACGGACCCCUCAUUGAGCUAUGCGAUGACCUUUCAGCCAGGCUACUGAAUGCAUGGAAAGGCACCCAAACAAAGAGAACAGAAAAGGCACCACACUGAAGACAAUCGAUCCCCACCCUGAGCAGAAGCCAUGGAGCAAAGAGUGGCCCCCAUUAAAGAGGAGGACUGUGAGUGGGGCCCCAUCCACCUGGAGGAUCAUUGUAUGGCGCUAGAAGAUCAUGAGGUGCAGAAGGCUUAUUUUAAAGAGGAGGAGGGGGAAGAAGAGGAGACUGUUGUCAUUAAAGUGGAGGAUUCGGAGAGUGUCCCACUGAGCCAUGAAACUGUAAAUAUUGCAUUACAGACCGAGAUGACGUAUUUCAGAUCGCCAGUGUGGAGACUGGGUGCAGCCGGGCAGAACGUUGCUCAGCUGAAGGAAGAGGAGGAGAACGUUGUACAGUCAGUAAGCUGUGGGAGAGCAGAAAGGGAACCGUGGCCAUUGACAAGACCACCUGGAUUAACCUUGCUGGACGAGCCUGCUGGACUCUCAGAAUCUUCAGUAGUCGACUCUUCUCCUCAAGGCAAAGCUCUGUUGAAUGAUUGUCAAAGAACCUUAAUGUCCAGGGCUGAGCAUUUGUUGUCCACUCUUCUGCCGUCUCCUUCCCCUCCUGUUGUAAAUCGGACAAAGAGAGCUACGGUCAGAAAUCAGCAACCGAAGCACAAGACCCGUCAAGUGCCUUUGAUUGUCUGCCAGGUGUGUGGGAAGAAUUUUAAAAACAGGACCGACCAUAAGAAUCACCAGCGAGUGCAUACUGGGGAGAAGCCCUACUGCUGUAAUAAAUGUGGCAAACGAUUCACACUGAGUGGCAACCUUCAGACGCACCUUCGGCUGCACAGUGGUGAGAAGCCGCACACCUGCUCUGUCUGCGACAAGCGGUUCUCCAUGAAGAAGUACCUUCAAAGCCACAUGAGAACUCACACGGGAGAGAAGCCUCACAGCUGUGGCGAAUGUGGCAAGAGAUUCUCAGACGUAGGCCACCUUAAGAGACAUAGAAGAAUUCACACUGGAGAGAAGCCGCAUGUCUGCCCAGAGUGUGGCAAGUUAUUUUCAGACAUUGGCAGCCUUCAGAAACACAGAAGGAUCCACACGGGUGAAAAACCUCACUGCUGUCCUGAAUGUGGCAAACGAUUCUCCCUCAUCGGCAACCUAAAGCGACAUUCGUCAGUGCACACAGGAGAGAAACCACACAGCUGUGCUGAAUGUGGGAAACGCUUCUCCGAUGUGCAGACUCUUAAGAGACAUGCAAAAGUCCACACUGGGGAAAAGCCUCAUAGCUGCACUCAAUGUGGCAAACGUUUCACAGACAUUCAUACUCUCAGGAGACAUGAGAGAAUUCAUUCAGGAGAGAAGCCACACCAGUGUGCCGAAUGUGGUAAAAAAUUCACAUGCCGGGGCAGUCUCAUCAUACAUGCCAGGUACCACAGUGGAGAGAAACCGCAUUGCUGUUCUGAAUGUGGCAAGCGAUUUUCAAACAUCAGUGAUCUCAAGACUCAUGCAAGGAUUCACACUGGGGAGAAACCUCACUGCUGCGGUGAAUGUGGCAAACGCUUCUUGACAGUGGCCAGACUUCGGAUGCAUUCACGAAUUCACACUGGCGAGAAGCCCUACUUCUGCACCCAGUGUGGCAAGCGAUUCUCGCACAACAUCAGCCUUCAGAUCCACUUAAAAAUUCAUAAAGGUGAGAAACCUCAUGGCUGUCCUGAAUGUGGAAAACGAUUCUCCAUCAUCAGCAAUCUUAAAAGACACAUCUUAAUUCACACUGGACCCCGAGAGAAGCCUCACUGCUGUUCAGAAUGUGGCAAACGUUUCUCAGAAAUCCAAAGUCUGAAAACACACGCAAGAAUUCACACGGGAGAGAAACCGCACUGCUGCUCUGAGUGCGGCAAGCGUUUCACAAUCAUCAGCACCCUUAAGAGACAUGCGAGAAUUCACACUGGAGAGAAGCCGUAUUUCUGCAGUGUUUGUGGAAAGCGGUUUUCAGACAGCAGGUACCUUCAGGUGCACCUCAGGAUUCACACCGGGGAGAGACCUCACUCCUGUGCAGCCUGUGGCAAACGAUUCACCACCCUGAGCAAUCUCAAGAGGCACACGGCCAUCCAUACUCGAGUGAAGCCUCACUGCUGCCAUGAAUGCGGCAAGCGAUUCUCAAAUGUCGCUGACCUGACAACCCAUGAAAGAAUUCACACUGGAGAGAAACCGUAUUUCUGUUUUGAAUGCGGCAGGAACUUUGCAGCCGUCAGCAGCCUGAAGAGGCAUGCAAGAGUUCACAGAGACCCCCAACUUGUGUGAAGUUGACACCCAUGGUGGCAGUGCAAGCAAAACCACCAGAAAGUGUUUACCAUCAAAGGAGCAACCACAUGGAAAUAAAAUGAAAACGCAUGUGCUUGAGGCAGAGACACAGAGUAUGAAGUACCGUGGCCACCCUCAUACUCACAAAUACUCCCAGCAUAUUUGGUGCAUACCUUUACUUGGCAAACACUUCAUAACAAUUCUCUGCCACACCUCAGAAUUACGCAGAUUAGGAGAGGUUAUUGCAGUUUCUGAGAAACAAGCUCAAAAUGUCUGCUCCAUGAACCAAUGGAGCUUCUUCAAAGGAUUCAGUUAUAUACUGCUAUGUUAUCAAGUGUGAAUGGGGCCACUUGAAGGAAACAAAAGGGGGACUGUGAUAAUCGCAAGAGCACGACAGACAUGGGAUCUUUUGAUGACAAUCAGUACUCACCUUCUGGAAGAUACCUGUUACCAGUGCUUUCCAAAAUUCGAUUUGAAGCAAGCGUUUUCAGAGUAGACCCCAACAUGGUCUGUGCGUUUUUGUGUGGCUGGAGGGUGUGAAGGUAAACUGCAGACCCCUAAUAUAAUGAAAGGGCUGCCAAAGUGACGAGAGGAGCACAGCACUG